AUGAGUCAAUUGGAUUCAUCUUAUAAUGCAUCCCAGGUAGCACAGCUACGUCAGAGAACGCCGUAUAUGACAUCCCUUGAUGUCAUUGUGUUACCUAGGAUGCGUAACGAAAACGAUAUAUAUUCCAAUGUAUCAAAACACUUAAUCGAAGACUGGUUGGACGAUGUACAGAAAAGUACGAAAGAAUGCGCACAAUCCGGAAAUAACAUCAACUUAACCUCACAAUAUAAAGCAAUUCAGAUAUCUGCUGUGGAUACAACUUUCAAAUUAGCAGACCAACUGGGAGUUACAUCAAAUAUAAAAUAUAUAGCUCUUCUAUUAUUUGACGAAUUUAUGUAUAAAUAUAUGGAAGUUUUUAUGGAUGGAGUUAUAAACAAUUGGGAAGAACGUUUGGAUGCAUUUUCCAGCAAGAUAAAAUUAUAUCUGUUGACAUGCUUCCAACUAGCAAGUAAAAUGGAUUUAUCUUAUAUUAGAAUAGAAAUAUCGGAGAUUCUUGAGUAUUUACAAAUCAUGGACAAAGAAACCGUUUAUACACGAGAUAUGAUAGUUUCUUCUGAAUCUGAAGUUUUUAAGAUGGUGGGAUUUAAAAUGCCACAUGAUACACCGCUAUCUUGCGUUGAGGUUUUGCUAGCAGCAACACAUCGUUCAGAAAAAGACUAUGAAGUUGCACAGCUGUUAUUGGAUGUAGCAUUUUUACAGCGCGAAGAAUUAUAUACAUUAUUUCAACGAAAAACUUCAGGACGUGUUAAAUUCAAGAAACCAGUAUUCCUCAAGUCGAAUAUGUUCUUUUUAAGUGCUGCAGUAGUGGCUUGUACGACUUUAUUUCAUAAAAAGCCCGAAUCGGAAUUUGUUGUGAACAUAUUAGUAGAAAAAUCUUCAUCAAGCAAAAGUGAUAUUAUGACAAUGGCCAAUAUAUUGUACGAUAUAGCUACAAGAUAGGCCAAUAAAUUAAUGAAUCACGUGUAAUGUAUGGGAUAUGACAUAACUUGGAAA